UAGAUGUAGUGCUCAUCAGUCCAUCAAAUUCACCCCUCCAAUACCCUUCCCAUGGAUUCACUGUGGACCCUUUGAAGAAGACUUCCAUACCUGGGUUGGCUGUGAAUGCUUCUGGAAGAGAAGUUUAUAAGGUGUCUCUCCAUGCGUCCCAUGGCGUGAUGGCGGUGGACAAGGUUCCACAGGGACAGGAAGUGAGGGGGCAGAAUCAGAACAUGCUCAAUAUCACCGCCACUAGUAUAGAAGACCUGAAUGACCUCCUGGCACACAUUACCUACACCAGUGAAGUGUACCUCUUAAAAGCAGGCGAUCUGGUGCACUUCACCUUUGAGGACCAUGAGGUCAUCUUCCCGAUCACAAUCAAGAAGCCUACACUUCCUGUUCUAUAUGACCUGGGUGAAGACAUUAAUUCUCAAGUGACCAUCACCGUGAAGACAUUCUUAAGAUACGAAGAGCUGAGGGUCUUGAUCAAAAGCAUCAGGGAAAGAUACCCAGAUAUUCGAAUCAUCAUUGCAGAUGACAGCCUGAACACAGAAAAAGUGGAGGGUCACAACAUUGACCAGUACAUCAUGCCCCCAGCUCAGGGCUGGUUUGCUGGACGGAACCUAGCCGUCUCUCAGGUCACAACCAAGUACUUCCUGUGGGUGGACGAUGACUUCCAAUUCACGCACGAGACCAAAAUUGAGAAGUUUGUGGAGAUCAUGGAGUCUAUGCCAGAGCUGGAUGUGCUGGGCGGGUCUGUUGGCUCGAACCGCUUCUACUUCACUCUGAAGCAUGAGGAGGGGGCGUAUGGGGAAGGUGGAUGUCUGUCUCGUCUGACCAAGCCCCACAGACAGCUGCCUGGGUUUAAGGACUGCGUGCUAGUGGACGGCGUGGUCAACUUCUUCCUGGCCAGGACAGACACCGUCCGCAGUGUGGGGUUUGAUCCCAAGCUGAGAAGAGUGGCCCACUCUGAGUUCUUCAUGGAUGGCCUGGGACGUUUGCUGGUGGCCUCCUGCCCUAUGAUGGUUAUUGGACACCAGCCAAGGCAAGACCACUCAGACUACACAAAGUUCCGGUACCCAGGGGAAGAAGACGUAAAUUUUAAACUGCGCCUGCAUUACUUUAAAAAUCAUCUGAAGUGUGUUGCAUAUUGAAUAAAGGAUAAUACCUUUUCACAUCAGAUCAAGAAUCAAUUAUGUUUGUUUGUAUUUUAUGAACUCUUCAGUUUGGGUUUGUACACUAUUUCUCUAUAUGAAGAAUGUGCCCUAUUGAAUAGCAAAGUUGAUAAUCCAUCAAUAGAAUAUUCAGUCUUAAGGCCUGUUCACACCAAGAACGAUAACGAUAACUAUAAACAAAUAUCGCUCUCGUUAAUAUGAAUGACAACGUUCACACAUAAACUAUAACGAUAAAGACAUGAAGAACGAUGUCGUUGUUGAUCACUUUCAGGGCGAUUCAGAGCGAUAAAAAGCACCCAUAAUAUUCUAGCCAUCACAUUCAUUAACACGCGGAGAGACUUUUCGUUGGCCAGAUCGUUGGCCAGUGCGGAAGGUUUUAUCGUUAUGGUUAUAGUUAUCGUUAUCUUUCUUGGUGUGAACAGCCCUUUAAAUUGAGGUUUUUGGC